AGUUAAUGGAAGUUAUCAGCGUUUUCUACUUUGCUUUGUGUCUUUAUAGAUUAUAUCUGCUGAGGUGGUGGUGCUAUUACUCCACUAUUGAUUAGAUUAGGAAGCCUGGCAAGGACACACACGCACGCACACACUAACACACACACAUUCAUAAAUGUGUGUGCCUGUAGGAACAAACGCACACGUAGCUCAGCACCAUGCACAUACAGUUAAGUGCAAGCUGUCCUCCAAAAUCUGAUGAAAUCGGUUUUAUGGUAAAAAAAAAAAGGGCGGAGGGGGAGAAGGGAAAUAUCUCCUUCACCACUAUCUAUCCAUCCUUGUGAUAAGUGUGAGAGAGAAGGACAGAUAAGUAAUGUGCAACAAGGUGAGAAGUCUUAGGCCACAGCUCCUCCCCUCUCCUUGCUCCUGGCCCAAUCGGAUGGGAUUAUAGAUCUUUUUAUGCCAGGGAUCUCCCAUGUCAUGGCUGUAAGAAUUAGAUGAAGCAGAGACCAGCAGGUAGGGAAAAGGAGAAAGAGAGAGUGAACUGGGAAGAGAAGCAAAGAGAGGAAGAAGAACACGUGAGGAAGACCAAGUUUGAGACAGGAAUGAAGUAUUCUCCUGCUCCUCAGAGUGAAUCUCUGUUAGAAAUGGAUGUAGCAAACUAUUGUGAAGGCCUGGAUCCCUCAUACAGCACCCUGGGCUUUGAGAAUGCAGAGGUGCUCUGUGGAGGAGGAGACAGCAUGCCGACAGAGCCGAGCCUGCCGGUCGGUCCAGACGGGGUCAGCAGUAACUGUGCCAUCUGUGGAGACAAAGCCACAGGGAAACACUACGGAGCCUCCAGUUGUGACGGCUGUAAAGGCUUCUUCAGACGCUCCAUACGCAAGAACCACGUCUACACCUGCAGGUUCAGCAGACAGUGCAUUGUGGAUAAAGAUAAGAGGAACCAGUGUCGUUUCUGCAGACUCAACAAAUGCUUCAGGGCUGGCAUGAAGAAAGAAGCUGUACAGAACGAGAGAGAUCGGAUCAGCUCCCGAAGAACUAUCCCUGACACCCAAGACUUGCCACCCAUUACUAUUUUGGCCCAGGCUGAAUCACUCUCCCAACAGAUCACUGCUCCAGUUGGAAUAGCCGACAUAACGGAGCAGAAGUCAGCCACCGUCGGAGACGUGUGCGAUUCAAUGAGACAACAGUUAUUGGUGCUGGUGGAAUGGGCCAAAUACAUCCCUGCAUUUGGAGAACUGCCACUGGAUGACCAGGUGAGUUUGCUCAGGGCUCACGCAGGUGAACACCUUUUGCUCGGGGUCGCCAAAAGGUCAAUGCCGUUCAAGGGCUUCCUGCUUUUAGGUAACGGCUGUGUGAUCCACAGGAACAGUCCUGAACAAGAGAUGUACAAGGUAGCCAAUCGAGUGCUGGAUGAGCUGGUCCAGCCCUUCCAGGAUAUUCAAAUAGACGAAAAUGAGUAUGCAGCGCUCAAGGCUAUUGUCUUCUUUGACCCAGAUGCAAAGUCUUUGCGGGACCCAUCGAAGAUCAAGGCCAUUCGUCUGCAGGUCCAGAUGAGUCUGGAAGACUACAUUAAUGACCGUCAGUAUGACUCCAGGGGUCGGUUCGGAGAGCUGUUACUCCUGCUGCCCACCCUGCAGAGCAUCACCUGGCAGAUGAUCGAACAGCUCCAGUUCAUUAAGCUCUGUGGCCUGGCCAAGAUAGACAACCUGCUGCAUGAGAUGCUGCUGGGAGGCCUUACGUCAGAGCCCACGCACCUGCACCACCCAGCACACACCCAGCUGGCCCAGGACCCUUUGACUGGACACACACUGGUCAUCAGCACCAUGCCUGUCGCUCACACUCCACAGAUCGUUUCUCCAGACACUCCCAUCCCAUCACCUCCUCAGGGUCCUGCCCCAGAGAAGUUCAAACACUUUCCCCAUCCUCUCUGUCCUCCAGCCAGCCCCUCGCCCUCCGCGCAGACAGAUCUCUGACUUCUCCCUGCACUCUGUCAAAGAAGCUGACACUAGCACAGUUCCCUCGUCCCCUAUUCAUCAUCCCCAGUCAAAAGAUUAUGAAAGCAAUCCCUGCUCAGUGUCUGCGGUUAGACUUUACCCCCGUUCCUUCUCCCUGUGACUCCUGGUGGUGUUGCAACAAUAACUAAGACGCAAUUAAAGCUGCUGCGUGAAGCACUCUUAAACUUCAACGUGUCACUUUUAAAUGCAGUGAACUAAUGAAACGCCAAACGACGGUUUAACAAAACAUGCUGUGCAUUUUUGUGGUCACCUAAACCAAUAUACAGAUUUUUCAAUGCAGUAUCUCUGUUUUCAUGUCAGUAAGGCACAUGCUCAUAGACAUGAUGGCAAUUCAAAUGUAAUGUAAUAUACAUAUUAAUUGCAUUGUUUGAAGUGUAGUUUCUAUUUUAUUUGUAUUGACUAUAAUAUCUCGCUUGAUUCGGCACAUAUGUGCAAAAAAUGCCCUCCGUCCUUAUGGUUCUUUAUGUGCAGUCUAUCAGUUGUGUAUAUCAAAUGGCAAGUCCUGAUAAUGUGUAAAUGUACGAAAUACGAUCUAAUCAUAAAUUGCAGAGGCACCAUCAUUGGAAAAAUCAUGGCUUACUGUCAACACAUUACAGCUGUCCAUUGAAUA